AUGCUUGCCAACACAUCAUCCACUCUCUUUUGCCUCAGUGGGUCCAUAGGCCUUGUCACAAAAUCAGUCAGUCUUGAUUGUGCUCCUCUUACCCUGGGCCUGGGAUUUCUACUGGCUGCUGCCUCUGCUGUAGCAACAGCAGCUUCAGUGGUGCUGGUACUGCUUGCUGAAGCAGCAGAACUGCUGGCUGGAGUAGCAGAACUGAUGGCUGGAGUAGAAAUGGAGCCACCACAGCAUCAAUUCUUAAGUGGUGGUUCUCAAAGACACGAGAGCGCAGUCUACCAAAGGCAGCUGAGGCCAGAUGCGGGCCUCGAUAUCGUGGUCAAUGUGGCAGGCAGGUGUUAA